CCAAACUCGGGCACUUCCGUGUUGACAGGCAGCCGGAACCUUCGUGUCCUGUCCUAGCGGGGGGCGUUUCCGGCCGAGUCCUUCCCGCCCGACGCCCCGCGCGCCCUCCCCUCGCUAGGAUUGGCUGCCGGGCUGGGAGGAAGCGCUGCCAUUGGCUGCGAAGGCGGCCGGCCUUUAGGUUGCUGCGGGCUUCCCCCCCCGGCGGGCACGGAGCGGGGCAGCUGCCGGCGCGAGGAGCCGCCGUGCCUAAACGUCAGACCAUGCCUCCUGGAAAGGCCGGCAAUAAGGAAAAGUUGGUGCUUCAGUGUGAAUGGGAGAUGUGCACCUAUGUGGCCUCUAAGAUGGAGGAGUUUUGUGAUCAUGUGUCGGAGCAUUUGCAGCUGCAUCUUCGUGGGGAGCAUAGGGAUGAGAUGAACCCUCUUGAAGAAUACACUUGUCUGUGGCAGGAAUGUGGCUUCUGCUCCCCAGAGAGCUCAGCAGACCUGGUCCGCCAUGUUUACUUCCACUGUUACCACACUAAGCUGAAGCAGUGGGGGCUGCAGGCCUUGCAGAGCCAGUCAGACGUGAGCCACUGUCAGCUGGACUUCCAGAGCCGUAACAUCAUUCCUGAGAUCCAGGAAAACUUCCUGUGUCUGUGGGAGUACUGUGAGAGAUCUUUUGAUAACUCUGAAUGGUUCUACCGGCAUGUGGAGGAUCACAGCUUCUGUUCAGAAUACAAGGCAGCUGGGAAGGAGAACCAUGUGGUCUUUUGUGGCUGGAAAGAGUGCGACUGCACCUUCAAAGGGCGCUGUAAGCUGCGGGAACACCUGCGCAGCCACACGCAGGAGAAGGUAGUGGCCUGUCCUACCUGUGGCGGGAUGUUCUCCAACAACACCAAGUUCUUUGACCACAUCCGCCGGCAGACCGCCCUGGAUCAGCAGAGGUUUCAGUGCUCCCACUGCUCCAAGAGGUUUGCUACCGAGAGGCUGCUGCGUGAUCACAUGAGGAACCAUGUAAACCACUACAAGUGCCCCUUGUGCGACAUGACCUGCCCGCUGCCCUCCUCCCUGCGCAACCACAUCCGCUUCCGGCACAGCGAGGAGCGGCCCUUCAAGUGUGACUACUGUGACUACAGCUGUAAAAAUCUCAUUGAUUUGAGGAAGCACCUGGACACUCACAGCAAAGAGCCAGCCUAUCGUUGCGAGUUCGAAGCCUGCAGCUUCACUGCGCGUUCCCUCUGCUCCAUCAAACUGCACUACAGGAAAGUCCACGAGGGUGACUCGGAACCCCGGUACAAGUGCCACAUCUGUGACAAGUGCUUCACGCGUGGGAACAACCUCACCGUGCACCUAAGGAAGAAACACCAGUUCAAGUGGCCCUCGGGCCAUCCUCGCUUCAGGUACAAGGAACACGAGGACGGCUACAUGCGGCUGCAGCUAGUGCGCUAUGAAAGUGUGGAGCUGACUGAGCAGCUGCUGAAGGACCGGGAGAAACAGGGCGAGUUGCUGGAUGGCACGGCGGAGUGUGUGGUGCUGACAGAGGGUGAGGGCAACUUGCAGGGGAUCAUCCUGGAGCCACCGGCAGAGGCCUCCCUGGAGGAAGCCAAUGACAUGGAAUCGCAGGUAGCCCCACUGCCACCACCGGUCUAUGGUGCUGCCAACCCUGACCCAGCUCAGCAAAGCACCUUCCCGAGAGCUGAGGCCUCGCCAGACCAAGAGCCCAGCGCCCCGCUCGGCCCCAUCAUCCGUGUGGUGAACAGGACCAAUGAGCAUGGGGAGAACGAGACCGUGUAUUACGUCAUGGCCAAUGCACCUUCGGAGGAGCAGGCAGCGGUGCCCAGUGGCCUGGCUGUGGAGCCGGAGGAGAACGUCAUGGACCGCCUACAGAAGACAGCUGAGGAGCUGGGGAUACAGAUUAUGUGAGAUGCUGGCGCUGCCUCUCUGCACUUUGGCUUCAAAAAUUCAGGUGUCUCUCCUGCUUGGGAGGGCAGGGAUGGAAUCACGAGCACUCUCCAUCACCCUGCUAGGGUCCCUCCAUGUCCUUGAUUAUAGACCCAGAGCAGUUGGUGCUGCCCGCGGGAAGGUUCUGAGCACGUCUGGUGAGCGCCCGGUGGGGGAGAGGGAUCGAUCUCCCUUGCACCAGCCUGGGAGAGGAAGGUGUCAGUGGAUGCUGGGAGCAGCCUUACAUAUUCUCAUGGCAAGAAAGGGGAUUCAAGCUGGGGAGUCAGUGCCCUGCAUCCUAUGGGGAGAGGUUUGGGCUGUGUUUCCACCACUACCACCCCAAAGGUCCCUGGCAGAAGGGUCCGACUCCUGCUGCUAAGAGGCUCAGUCCCUGUGCUCACUGAGAGCCCUGUGCUCAGCCAGAAUCUCCACUCCUUUGGAGCUGCAGGUGGAUUGACUUGCCUCCUGAGAUGCUGUUUGGCCUUAAGCAGGCUCAUUCUGUCCAGUAUCUCGUUGCCCUCGCGUGAACAAGAUGCCCUGACCCUGUCUCAGACACAUGGGAGUGUCCGUUUUCUAGCUCGCUCAAACAGAUCCCUUAUCAGUAUUUGCAUUGACACUGCCCCAUCCCCUGGUUGAUCUGAGCGGGGGAGCAGCCUAAGGGUCCAUUUGCCCUUGGCAGGUUGCUUCUCCCCCAUGCACUGGUGGGGAGCUGGUGUAAGCUGGGGGCCCUUCUCAGCACUCGGGGACCUUUGUGCAGCCUUCGUCCUCCCCUCGGGUUCUUGCUCAGGGCUUUCCCCACAUUGGGGCCUGGGCUCCUGGCUGUGCACAGUAAGUGCUUUUAUAAUAAUAAAUAAAUAAAAGUCCUGUGUGCCAGGUCAGGGUA